UAGACACACAGAAGAAUAGUGAAACAGUAAUGGAGAACGCAAUGCUACGUUACAUUUCGUCAGCUGUAGAUGGAGAUCAGGUUCUUGCAUUGAUGGUUAACACUAUCAAGCCCAUCCAAAAAGAAGAAGAAGAAGAAAAGCAAACGGGGAAAUCUUCGCUUGAUAAUGAACCCUCAAUGAUCAAACCUACCAUCUCUGAGUUCAGUGGGGUGGACACAGAUGCACACGUGGCUAAUGUAAUUGCCAGCUUUCUUGACACUAUAAGUCACAGAAGAAAUCACUUCUUAGGGUAUCCCACAAAUCAGGACUUUGACUAUGAUGCGUUAGUGCAGUUGCUACGUUUCUUCUUGAACAAUAUGGGUGAUCCAUUUAUAGGGAACAGCUUCUCACUUAACUCAAAUCUCUUUGAACUGUGUGUACUUGAUUGGUUUGCGAAACUUUGGGAAAUAGAGAAGAAUGAGUACUGGGGAUAUGUUACAAAUGGUGGAACUGAAGGAAAUUUUCAUGGGAUUUUAGUAGGGAGGGAACUAUAUCCUGAUGGAAUUCUUUACACAUCACGAGACUCUCAUUAUUCAGUGUUCAAAGCAGCAAGGCUUUUUAGAGUGAAGUGUGUGAUAGUUGGGACUCUAAUCUCAGGUGAGAUUGACUAUAAUGAACUAAAAGCUUCAAUUCUUGACAACAAGGACAAGCCAGCCAUCAUCAACUUAAACCUAGGGACAACUAUAAAAGGAGGCAUUGAUGAUGUGGACCAUGUAUUACAAGUUCUUGAAGAAUGUGGUUUUACUCAAGAUCGAUUCUACAUUCACUGCGAUGCAGCUUUAUUUGGAUUGAUGCUCCCAUUUCUUAAUGGAGCACCAAGGAUCACUUUCAAGAAACCUAUUGGAAGUGUAACUACCUCAGGCCACAAGUUUCUUGGAUGCCCUGUCCCUUGUAGUGUUAUAAUAACUCGUUUAAAAUAUGUUGAUCUCGUCUCUAAAGAAGUAGAAUACAUCUCUUCAAGAGACACCACUAUCUCUGGAAGCCGAGGGGGGCUUGCAUCCAUCUUCCUUUGGUAUGCUCUAAACAAGAAAGGCAUCAACGGCCUCCGGAAAGAAGUUGAAGAGUGCAACAACAAGGCGAUUUACUUUCAAAAUUGCUUGAGAGGCCAUGGCAUUGGAGCCAUGUUGAACAAGUUUAGCAAUACCGUGGUAUUCGAGAGGCCUCUAGAUGAUGCAUUUUCUCACAAGUGGAGCUUGUCUAAUGAAGGGAAUGUAUCACAUGUGAUCGUGAUGCGACAUGUCACUGUGAAAAUGUUGGAUUCCUUUGUGAGUGACUUUGUGAAGAACCGAUCAAUUUGGUACAAAGAUAGUAGUGGCAAGAAUUCUCCAUGUAUUGGUGAGGAGAUUGGUGCUGAGAACUGUUCUUGUUUAGUCCACCACAAGAAGCUGAUCCUGUUAUGAUAGUGAUUAGCAAGUAGAAGUUAGACAUGUUUUUCAAGAGAAUAAUAUGUGCGGACCGGCUUGCUAAGUUUGAUACUAUGCAAGAUCAUAGAUGCUUUAUUUGUUUAAAGCCUCCUUAGGAGUUUCUUAACUCAUUGUGUCGAGAUAUUUUGAGGGUUUGCUACCCUCAUGUUAUUUCUAUUAUAAUAAUAUUCGGAGCUUCUGAA